AUGAGCAGUGCGAGAGGUGGUCCGGAUGGUGGAUCGUCACGUUCUGGUGACACAGACGGCGAUGGUCCAACCCCUACAGCCACAAGUCCUUUCUCCAAAGGUUCUAUGACAGCAUCCACUACAACACCAACGACUUCAUCCUCCGGCGUAUCCUCAGGUUCUCAGUCGCUCGACGGGAACUCUGGUCCAAGGUUAAGCACGGGCGCGAUCGUCGGGAUAGCUUUGGGUUCGGCUCUCGUUCUUCUUAUCCUGGCAGUCGUCGCUUUCUACCUCUGGGGUCGCUACCGCCACCGACAAGCCCUCCGUCGACGCGAAAAGAACAAGAUCGAUCUCCUCUCCAGUGGCACGGACCCGAGCAUCCUAUUCGACCGGGACUCGCACUCGCGCACAACGGGACACCCGGAGAUGCGCAUGGCAGAUGACCAUCCGACUUCGCUUCUCUCGUCAGUAUUCACGGGCGUCGUUGGACGAAGCCCGCCGUUCUUGUUCAGGAGGGGUUCUCAUGCGAGCGGUAGUGCUAUGACGAGGUCGGGAUCGCAGAGGUCGCAUGUCAGUCGGGUGCCGAGACCUCUGGCGAUUCCUACGCCUAGAUCGCCUAACGUCGCGAAUGAGGCAGACGCAGAACGAGCGGUGGGAGGCGCAGCGACUGGGAAUCUGAGGAAGGAGGAAGAGGCAGGAAUCACGAGUCAGACUGGUGGGGAUGGAAUCAGCUAUCCCACCAUGUCUGUGCAAAAUCAGUCGCCCACCUACCCACGAAGUCGAGAUCCAGCCCUGUACGAGGUCGAUGAAGUUCCGAGGUCACCUACAGAUUCGAAUGAUCAGUCGGAUGCGGGACCUCCUUCGCCGACGGUCAGUGUGCGACCAGGGACAAGGAACACACGGAGGGUACGGAGGAGGACGAGGGACGAGGAGGCUCCUCCUCCGAGUUAUGAGGCGACUCUCAGUCAGGAUAUGACGAGUAAUGGGCAUAGAGAGGUCUGA